AUGGGACCUGCACGGCGGUCUCCCAGCCCACCGACGUACGGGGCUUUCGAGUCCGAUGACCGAAUAGAAAACAACGAGACUGAAGGUCUUCUUUUCGUUGAACCCAGGGAGCUAGGAGAAGAUGAUCCGAUUCUUGGAGAGCCGAUCAGUUCUUCAACCUCGUCGAGUACAGAGGUGCAGGAAGGCGUUCGCAAGAUCGAGGCGAUCAGUAGGACAUGGACACAAAAGUCGUUGAUCAUUGCGUAUCUUGGAAUCUUUUUGAUGUCGACGUGCACUUCCCUCGAGGGCCAGACUGUGAUGUCGUUAUCUCCAUAUGCGACGAGCUCCUUUAGUAAACAUUCUUUGAUAUCUACAGUCCUGGUUGUUCAAAAUGUGACUAAUGCCGUUAUCAAGCCUCCUAUGGCAAAGAUUGCGGACGUAUUUGGUCGCUUCGAAGCGUUUUGUAUCAGUGUCCUUAUCUACAUCUUGGGCUAUGUUCAAAUGGCAGCAUCGAAAAACGUACAAACCUACGCCUCAGCGCAGAUAUUUUACUCUGCUGGUUCAACGGGGUUACAAAUACUGCAGCAAGUGUUCAUCGCCGAUAGCAGCGACCUACUCAACCGAGCGCUUUUUGCUAGCCUCCCAGACCUACCUUUCCUCGUCACUGUUUGGGUUGGUCCGAUGAUUGCCUCGUUCAUACUUCGAGACUUGACCUGGCGUUGGGGCUAUGGAAUGUGGGCUGUCCUUUUACCUGCAGCCUUCCUGCCCCUCGCGUUGUCAUUGUGGCUUAAUCAAAGGAAAGCACAGAGACUCCAGCUGCUGAGGCCCAAGCCUUGGAAAGGCAAAGGAUUCCGGAGCUUGCUCCGUAGUACUUGGUACGAGUUGGAUUUGUUCGGUCUGAUAUUGUUAUCUGCCGCGCUCAUCCUAAUCUUGGUGCCAUUGACCUUGGCAGCGAAUGCAAAAGAUACAUGGCAUAAUCCAAGUAUCAUCACAAUGAUUGUGGCUGGAUUGGCUUUUUAUUUUUCCGUCCAACCAUAUCUCUAUUCCUAUCUCCAAGUCGUUCAAGGUCAAUCCGUCGUCACCGCCGGACGUGUGACGCAGACAUUUGCAUUCACCUCUACUAUCGCUGCAGUCGCAGUUUCAUUCUUCAUUAAAUAUAGCGGACGAUAUCGCCCAUUUGUCACAGGCGGAUGUUUCGUCUAUAUCGGCGGGCUAAUUUUGAUGCUUCUGACCCACAAAGAGGGCAGCACCGUUACCAAAACACUCAUCAUUCAAACAAUCAUUGGUCUUGGUGGUGGACUCGUGAAUGUUCCCGUGCAGUUAGGUGUUCAAGCAUCUGCCAGUCACCAAGAAGUCGCCGCUGCCACGGCCAUGUUUCUGACAGCCCUUGAAAUGGGUGGCGCGGUUGGCUCCGCUGUCUCCGGUGCCGUAUGGACAAGUUCGGUUCCAAAGCGGUUACGGAAUUAUUUACCUCCAGAAAGCCAGAAGGACGCCGAAGAGAUAUUUGGAAAAUUGACCAAGGCGCUUUCGUACCCACUGGGAACGCCAACCCGAAUCGCUAUCAACAGGGCCUACGAAGAAACGAUGGGAACACUGUUAACAAUCGCUGUUUGUGUCACGAUUCCCUUGAUACCAUUGAGCUUGUUGAUGAAGGAUUACAGGCUUGAUAAAAUGGCUCAAAAAGCAAAAGGCAAAGUCAUCGGUCACAGCGAUGUGGAAGAUGAUUUUAUGACUAGAAGCGCUACAAACACUCGAUCGAACCCAAGGCUAUCGAGGCCGAGUUCGAGACAAUAA